CUGUCAUUGUCAUUUCAUUAGAUGUCAUUGAGGCUUCAUGAGUAUCUAAAUUGAUUUUAAUCAAUUUAUUCCGUGAUUUAUUCUACUGUAAAUUAGUAAUUCGGCUAUAAAGAACCAGAUACAAAACACUAAGAAAUAUACCAAUACUAAAAUAAACGCUUCUUGAUCAAUAAUCAUGUCACAACUGAAGACGAACAAAAAGUUCAAGUGGGCUUUGGAUUUUAACCCAAAAAAUAAAUCUCAGUCAGUAGAAUUGCCAUCUCCUCCUGGUUACAGCCAGUCAGCCAGUGCAAGUCACACAGAAUCCUCAAAGGAUACGGACUCAAACCAUUUAUUGAUCAAAAAAUUGUGGGAUGUGGCACUGGGGCCCCUCAAGCAGGUGCCGAUGAACCUGUUUAUCAUGUACAUGGCUGGUAACUCCAUAUCUAUAUUCCCUAUAAUGAUGGUGGGUAUGUUGAUUGUCCGGCCAGUAAAAUCUCUGUUCCUCACACAAAGUACCUUUAAGAUGGUGGAAGGGACACAAGCAGCUGGUCAAAAACUGGUGUUUAUCAUUGGAAACAUAGUGAAUAUACUUCUUGCCUUGUAUAAAUGUCAGAGCAUGGGUUUGUUGCCCACACAUGCAAGUGAUUGGCUAGCAUUCGAGGAACCUCAGACUAGAGUUGAACAUAUUGGCGGGGGCCUAUCAAUGCUGUAAAUUAAAGCACGUUUCAGUAAAUAUUAUUUAUUACUAUUUAAAUUAUCAUUGUAUAACAAUAACUAAAAUAAAUCAUAUUUACAAAA